AUGGUGGGGCCAGUGCUGCCUGGUGGCGAGGGCGCGCAUGCGGUGCCCGGCAGCUACGGCGGUGCGCUGCGGCCGGGCGAGGGAGAAGCCAUGGCUGCCUAUGUGCAGAGCGGCAAACGUAUCCCUCGCCGUGGAGAGGUUGGCUUGACGGCGGAUCAAAUCUCCAACUUUGAGGAUCUCGGCUAUGUCAUGAGUGGAUCGCGGCACUCCAGGAUGAACGCUAUUCGCAUUCGCAAGGAGAACCAGGUGUACACAGCAGAGGAGAAGGCAGCAUUGGCAAUGUACAAUUUCGAGGAAAACAAGAAGAAGGAGCAGAAGAUCUUGGCGGACAUGCAGGAGCUUGUACAAAGGACCCUCGGAGAUGACGAGGAGCCGGAUGCUGAAUAG